GUAUAAAUAUCACUACAGAAAUCCAGUGAGCUUCAGACUUCAGCUGAAGACAUUAGCAGAAGAUUUAAUCUCUGAACUUUCCAAAGGACACACAGAGACUCCAGGUCUUCUCGCUGGCUUUUCUAAGAUGGUGGCACUUUCGAUGUACCUGAAGCAGCCAAACUUCAUUUACUUAUGUGCAUAUAUAUGGCUGACAACCCUAACUGUGGUGAAGACUCAGGAGCCAAUGGAAGUGGCAGCCCUAGGAAGACCUCUGUCUCUUGGUAUGCUUUACGACUGCCGUGAAGAUUCCUUCAUUCCAGGUGUUACUCUGUGGGAUAAGAAAUCACUGAGUGAAAAUUUACACAGUCAUUCACAGCCCCGAACAGAUUUGAAGUUCAGUAGCUCUGACUCUCUUUCUAGUAAGUCCAACCUCCUGGAUAUAAGUGCUUCCCUGAAGGCCAGUUUCAUGGGGGGGCUUGUGGAGGUGGGAGGAUCUGCCAAGUAUCUGCGUGACACCAAAUCCUCCAACCAACAGUCCAGAGUUACAAUGUUUUACAGUGAAAACACAAGAUUUGAACAGCUCACUAUGUCCCAGCUGGGCCAGAUCACCUACCCUCAGGUGUUUGACCAGAAAACUGCAACUCAUGUGGUCACGGCAGUGCUGUAUGGAGCUCAGGCUGCCAUGGUGUUUGAUCGGACAUUUUCAGAAGAGGAAAACAAGCAGGAGAUUGAGGGAAAACUGAAUGUCAUGGUCAAGAGCAUCCCUGCAUUUACCAUUGAGGGAGAAGGAUCUGUACAUUUGAAAGAUGAUGAAAUGAAAAUGGCUGAGAAGAUCUCCUGCACAUUUCAUGGGGACAUCUUACUUGAGCAGAACCCCACCACGUACAUGGAGGCCCUAGAGACAUACAAGACGCUCCCCACUCUGCUGAAGAAGAAUCCACAGAAUGCGGUUCCAAUAAAAGUCUGGCUUUAUCCUCUUCAUCUAUUGAACAGUAAGGCAGCUCAGCUGCAGAGAGAGAUUACCACAAGUCUGAUUUCUGACACUGAACAAAUAAUUGAAGAGCUGGGAGAGGCAGAGAGGACGUGCAAUGACCUGUUCAAAAAUACACUGGCCAAUGCUUUCAGUGACAUCAAAGAGAGGCUGCAAUUAUUUCAGGACUCAUUAAGCACAUAUAAGACAAUGCUCCUGAGAGCAGUCGGCAGGGUCUUGCCUGCUGUUCGAGGAGGAGAGGAGCAGGAGAAGUCUCUGGAAGACAUCCUGAAUAUGCACAGGAGCUCCCCAUUCAGUGCUGACCAGCUUAACAAGUGGUUAAAUGAUGCAAAGUCUGAACUUCACAUCUUGAGUUCUUACACCAAUAGGCUACAGGGGAUCAAUAUUAUAGACUCAGUUGAUCUCAAUACCAUCUUAUUUGAUCCUGAUGUUGAUAAAGUGGUGUGCUUUACCUUCACAUCUCUGAAGUAUGAAGACCCAUAUCUUUCAACCCUGAAGGAGUUUGUGAAAUCUGACACAUCUAAAUUUCCUGAACCUUUUUCUGUGCAAUCUGUUAAAAAGUGGGUCAAAGAACGAAGUGAGAGUGGCACUGGAUCUUCUACAAUGAGGUUCCCUGAACACAGUGUCACUGGGAUUUCUGUGAACUCUUCCCCAAAGUGGUUUAAAGAUUUCAAUAUCGUAAAAAGGAUCAGAGAGAACUUUUCUAAAUUCGGGAGGUUUGCAGAGGCCAAUAAAGAUGAAAAGAGAACCCGCUGCAUUAUUUCUGCCAUCUCCAAUCCCUCCAUUGCUGGCUCCUCCAUCUAUCUGUAUGAAAAAGGGAAACUGAUAGACACACAGUUUCAGCCCAUGUUCAAGCCACCCCCAACAAAAGCAGAACCUGGGAUUGUGGGCGGGAAAGGUGGUGAGGAAUUCUCCUUUUAGUCUGCUUCAUACAACGGCUUUCAGAAUAUGACAAUAACUUGCAAUGAGCUCGAUUCGACAGUGAUAUCACUGAACACAAUAGAAGUGAUUUUCCAGGAUGACCAGAGGACUAAAGUUGGCAGGAUAGCAGGACAUGAAACAAAAGUUUUUCAAUUUUACUUACGAUAAAAUUGUAAAUUGUAAUCAUAUACUUUUUUAAAUGUAUACUCAGAUUAAAAAAUAUCAUAUUUGAGUCAAUCAGUAAUAUUUUAUGUUUUCUAGAAUCAACUGUUAUAACAUUUUUGAUUUCCAGGUAAAUGGAAAUAUAAACAAGUAACUCCAUUAACAAAAGUUAAACGUAUCAAAUCUGAGUUAAUGAAUAAAUAGUGAUUGUAUUUGGGGGUUUGUAAGAGAGAACAAUGUACUGUAUAGCAUCUUAUUCUGGUUCAUUUGUCCAUCUUUAUAUUUCAUUUAUUCCAUUCUGUACCUUGUGGAAGUACAAAAACUCUUGAUGUUCAAUGACAAUAAAGAGCUUAACUUGAGGGGGCUUUAUGCAA